AGUGGCUGUUGACUGCUGUCAAGUCACGUAUGUGUCGUCGGUCGUUGUGCAAGUACGUAUAAUCUAAAAAUUCCGCGUAAAUUGUUUCAAAGCUAUCAAAUCUUUGUUUUACGUGCAUAAAAAAUUACUCCACUCGAUUGCAUUAUUCUCCCUACAAAAUGUCAUCAUCAAAAUCAAGCGUAGAUGAUCUUCUUGGAGAAUCGUGGGUAGAUGUAAGUGCUAGCUCAACGUGUGGCUCCCAAAGUGGAGGUACUCCUGGAUCUAUAACUCAUCAGCUAUCAGUUGAAGAUUACUUACGUUUACUAAAAGAAGCUCAAGAAUCCAAUCAGUCCUCGGCUAGAGUUUCAUUAGCUGGGUCUCGACGAGAUUCCCCACGCAGCAGCCCAAAAUCACCUCCGAAUAGUCCUGUACAAGGUACACCGUUAAAUCUGGAAUGGCAAUCAUAUUAUAUGAACACUGAAGCCAAAGACGAUUCAGAUUUUUUCAACGAUUGGAGUAGUCGUCCCGAUCAGUUGCCACCAAAAAAUUGGAGUUUCCGUCCCCCAAAAAGAGAUCUCUUGAGCAUCCGAUAUGCCCGAGUCGGUAAUAGUAGCGUUUUCUCUCGUAAAGGGUUGUGCACAUUAUUUUUAACCAAUUUAAUAUCUCUGCUGCUAGGCACGGGCGUUGGCCUUUGGCUUAGUAAGCACGGUUUCUUCGUACCCUCGGUUAAGGUCCACUAAACUAGAGAUCUUGUCGGUGUUCCAAGCUGGCUGGAAAUAAAUAAGAUAAGCUGUGUUUUUUAUAUAUGCCUACAUGAUUAUUUUUCAAUUAAUCAAAAGCAUUUUUAGGGUUUUUACGACGGGGUUGUUUUAUAACCGUUGUAUUAAUCAGUAACUAGAAACAUUCUAGAGUGCCUUCAUUACAAAAAAGAAAAAAAACAUAUGUUUACUCUUGAUGAAGAGCGUUACAUAUGUGAAGCUUUGGGCAACUACUCGUAGUAAUUUAAAGCUGAAAGUUGUGAGUUCAUAUUUAAUAUUGAUCUGGCUCUAAGCUGUACACAUUUAUACUGUGAAUCUCUUCCAGGUGUUUUAAACACCUUAAAAUUCGGUUAUGUAGCAACCCAGUCUUUAACCCAGAGUACUGCUUUACUUGUAAUAUUCUAACUUCAUUUACUUUUUAAGUAUGAAUCCUUUCCUCCACAAGGAUUUUAAAUUGAAACAAACUUGUUUUUAAAUAAUUUGACUUAGUUUGUGAAUGCUGCCUUGUGAAUGAGACUGGGAUUUUUCUACUGUAGGUAGUGGAUCAUGAUCACCACUUAAAAUCUGCUUAUUUUAUAUUUUUUAUUAGUUCAGAACUAAAUACCCAUAUUUAUGUUAUGAUAAUCUAGUAUAAUUUAUAGUACUAUUGUUACUAGAACUUGAUAGUCAAAAUUUUUUGUUCUACGUAACUUUUCCAAUUCUGGAAAAUUAAUCAUUAUUGUUCUUUAAAUUAAAGAUCUGAUCGUCCUGACAAAGUAAAUGUGUUUGUUUUAUUUGAAAUCUGUAACAUGACAGGAUUCCCAUAUUCAUAUAUUUUUUGUACAAAUACUUUUUGUAUUAAAAAAAUAUAUUUUUUUAAUAAAAUAUAGAAAAACGAAAAGUUUACCAUAAUGUGUCUGCUCUAUUUAUUCCAAAGUAACUGGAAAGUUAACAGUUUUAUAUUAGAAUAUUCAUGUCACAAAAAUAUACUAAAUUCAGGUAAUAAUGAUAAACUUACAUAGAUGAACUGUUAACUUGGAAAUUUAAAAAUUAUGUGGAAUUAUGUCAUGCCUAUGAUUCCUUUUAUAAAAUACUUCACAAAUAACUCAAUAUAUAAAUAGUAGUAUUGAUCGGAACCUUGUUUAAAUUGCUGUAGAAUAUUUCUAAAAUAGGAGUAGGUAAUAUUUAACUAUACGUAUGAAAUCUUUCACUUUUAUAAAACAUUAACUGUGGCAUUAACUACAUUUUCUACAUGGUCGAGAUAUUAAAAAAACUUCUAAAAAUAUUCACAAACUUUAUUCUGGAUCCCAGUAAUGUUUUGAUUAUAGGAAUUUGUUGGUAAGCCAGUGAUUGAGCAAUAAUGGUUAUUUAUUAUCUAGUAUUUAAAGUUAUUAUUAUUGAAAUUAGUAAAUAUAUAAAUUUACUUUUUCAUUGUGACAUGUUUCGAUAAAAAUUUUGUUAGUCAUGUUCUGAUUUGUAUAUAUUUAUGUAUGUGUUAAAAUAUCUAUCAGACUUAGCUGAAAUGCGUGUAUAGUGUGAAUAUUUUGUUGAAAUCAUAUACAUAUCUUGUAUCUUAACUACGACAAGCUGAUAUAGACCAAUUACUCAAAUAUAUUGAUUAUGAUAAUCACUCGAAAAUAUAAAAUAGUUUCAUCCUUAGGUAGAAGUUUUAGUUCUGGCCAACGCUAUAUUCACAUUAUAGGUGUUUCUGUUUAUGUACAUAUACUUAUGUGUUUAAAAGUAUCAAUAAAUUUUUUAAUUCCUUGA